AUGCAAAAGAGGGAUCACAAUCAAACAAUACCUUUCUCGGUCCUUGUUGACACCAAAGCUCUGGAGGAGAUAUGUGUUUAUCUGUGUAAUGCUGAUACUUCGAGUUCCAGUCGUUAUUUUGUUGGCAUAGUCGGUAGCUCCCCUCAAUUCGGCAAUUGGAAUCCGAUAGAAGGUUUGAGAUGCCGUUUUGAGGCCCAAAAAGCUCCCGGGUUCGCGUACUUUAGCGUUACCAUAGUUUGUCGUAGAUGCGAUGUUUGGACUUGCGCUGUUCCAAAGUCAAAGCUGUUGCUGAAUCUGCAGUACAGAUUUUAUGUAGCUGAAUGGCGUAUCGAUAUUGAGAGCGAUCCUGUUGAAAAGAAGUUAGUUGUUCUUGCUUGGGAGUCACGACUGAAACCUCGUGUCUUUGAUCUUGCUGAUAAUGGAACAUAUAUCCAACGUGGGUAUCUUAUGUCGCAUUCUGAGCUACGAAUUCGUCUGUCGGGUUUGGCGUUGAAACUUUCAAAAAAUGCCAUUCCCGGCCUGUCGUCAUCAACACGAGAUCUUACUAAAUUGGCUGGUCGUCGGGUUUACGUGACUUGUCGGCAGUCUAUCGUUGAAGAAAAUGGUCUAAUAACGGCAUUAGAAGGUGAGACUCCAAUAUACCCUAACAAGAACAUCAGCACGCAACCAAUCGCCAAGAAUUCGAGCCAUAUGGUCUAUUCUCUGGAGCAAAGCCUUGCCACAGAGAUUCGAUCACAGCUAAUUGAAAGUUCUAGCAGCGUCCCCGCCGAGCAUACCCCUUAUACCGUCUCCCAAUCAUUAUAUAUUCGCGGCACUCCGAACAGCGCCUUCUCCAUUCCACCGUCUAGACGGCCUGAAUUCUCUGUAUCUCCGUUGUCCAGCCGCUCCUCAACUUGUCCAUCAACACCAAGGUCCGUAUCCCCUGCUCUCAGUCAGGCAGGCGAGCCACCCGUCUUUCUUUCUGUUCUUUCCAAAGAGCGUUGUACUCGUCGCCUUGGGGAGCACACUGGCUGUUGGGGUACCCUUUAUUCCAGCGGUGACGACGUCACUUUCUAUAUUGAAACCGACAACGCGGAAGAUGUUGCCGUUGAGUUGGAGUUUUACGUAGAGGUCCCACGGGAAUGCGAAAAUGUUGAAGAAAAAAAACUACCACCUGUCAAAUUCUUGGGAUCUGCAUUUUUUGGACCGUUCUCUGGCUACUGGGGCCAAAAGCGAUCGCAACUUCUCAGCCGAAGACGAACCCCAAUGGGUGAUGUUCGCAUCUCCUUCAUUGUCAUUAAUCCAAUCCUCGAUGGACCUUCACCGACGUUGGAUGUGAGCUACAAGCACUACUGGAAGAACCGAGGUACCCUGGAAAUCGGUCAUCGUGGAAUGGGAACCUAUUAUUUAACAAAAAAGGAGAAGGACGUUGAAUUACCGGCGCCGGUUAAGGAAAAUACGCUCCGGUCCUUCCAGGCCGCGGUUGAUCAUGGGGCGGAUUUUGUGGAGAUGGAUGUCCAACUUACCAAGGACCACCAAGUUGUUGUCUAUCACGACUUUGAAACCGUUAUUACACCACGCAAGAAGCGGCGUGGUGAGUUGCAGAACCUAUCGGUAGCCGUGAAGGAUCUGCCUUAUGCUGCGCUUCGUGAACUUCGACUUCAGCACGCGAGUGUACUCUCAGAACCACAGUCCAAAGAGGAUCUGGAUGGCGAAGAUCUUGAUCCUGUAGAAUUGCAAGAUUUCCCUCUUCUGCGGGAUUGCCUCCAGCAUAUAGAUCCAGACGUUGGAUUUGAUAUCGAAAUUAAGUAUCCUAUGGAUUUAAAGGUGGGUGGAAGCGAAAUGGACAAUUUUUUUGAACGUAACCUCUACGUGGACACCAUUCUUCGUGAAAUCUUCAAGUACGCUGGAAAUCGACGCAUUCUCCUUUCCUGCUUCGACCCGGAUACUUGUGCCAUGCUUCAAGUGAAGCAAAUUCGCUUUCCUGUUUUCCAACUCGGCUUCUGGCCCGAUUAUUCGGACAUACGGCAGCAGAGUUUUGAAAUACUCUGCUAUUCAGCCAAGGCGAAUGAACUUUUGGGUGUCGCGGUCAAUAGCGAUGAGCUGCUCCGAAAUCCCGACAUGGCUGAGUUCGCCAGGGACCUCGGCCUCAUUGUCCUCGUAUGGGGCUCGGCUGCCAAUGAUUCUCGUAAUAUGAAACGUCUGAAGGAGCUCGGUGUUCGUGGGCUAAUUUAUGAUAGGAUACAGGAGCACAGGCAAAUUGGAAGCAUAAGUCUUCUAAAAUCGGGCAAAACGUCAUCCAACUCUUUGUCAGAUAGCCAGCAGCAACAGGAUUUGACGCCACCGCCGCUAGAAAAAUGUGCACCAGCCGAUUCUACCGGUCACUCCACACCCUCACCACCGCCCCUCGAAAGUCUUAAUGACAGCCACGAGUCUGGUACCUCCACACCCUCCCACCAGAACCACAGUCACCAAAAUCAAGCAAUCUCCGCAAAUUCGGCUUCUGUUGAUGCUCAAGAUCUGGUUGAUGCUCUCAAUAAACAGCUUCGCUUGAAUCCUACCUCAAUUGAGAAGAACAAGUGCAAGAUGCCUCUCACUCUAAAUAAUUAG